CCGUGGAUUCUCGCCCUUGCCGAGAUGAAUGAAAUUUGUUUUCUUUUUGCUAGACACCGUACUAGCACAGGUUGAGCAGUUGUAUUAGCGCCGGAAGGGUAAUUUGAUUCCCCAAGCAAGGCAGUACCGUAAUAAUCAGAGCUCUAGCUGCAUGUCAAACGAAUAAGAAGAUUGCAACUGCAGUCAAUCGAGUAGAAUGUUUGCUACCGUGCAUAUGAUCAGAGCUCAACGAUCUUCAUUUUGACAGCUGCACCUUCGAUAACAACAAAGUUCAUAUCUGAGAUAUGGAGAGUAGCCUGGAUUCAGAAGACAUGGCAGCGGAGGGGGGACAGGAACCCAAGCGAGAGCCACUCUAUUUCCACUAUGACCCUGCCACUGUUUCGCCAGAGAUGGGCGGUGUGAUGGACAGCAUCAAGCAGCUUGCGGAGGAGUUGUUGUACCAUUGGCGUGAGUUACCGAUCGUGCUGCCCGAGUCCAUCACAGACGCCUCCAUCAGGGAUUCUGGUCGCUGGGACGAGGAUGGAGACUCGGAGAAGAAGGGAUGGAUCAACUUCAAGAACAUGUUCAUCGCCCCAACAUUUGAGGAGCUUGAGGAGGUUGCCAAGGGCAAGUCAGGAGGCCUGAAGAAACUCAAUGAGAAGCAGCUCAACAGCAUCUGGAAUCAGGGUGAGUUUGAGGUGGACAGCAUUCACUUCCCUGGCCAGGUUCACAGGUGGCGCCUCACCCAGCUGCUUCAGAAGGGUUCCAUCAGAGCUCAAGGUACCCUGCUCAAUGAUGCUGCCUGGUCCCUGAAACUCCUUAUCAUCACAGCCCGAGACAGGUUCUGCUCUCAGUUCUUCAGUGUCUCGGAUGCUCUGCGCGGCUGGGGGCAAGGCCUGUGGAAGUUGCUAGAUAUUGCAUUUGGUAUGCCCUCCACCACGGCUGGUGACCUCGGGUACAAGGUGAAGCAGGAGCACAUGCGCUACCUGGUGGCUGAACUCAGUAUCAAGCCAAGUUCUAAGCGAGAGCUGAACAACUUUUGUGAAUAUGUGAAAGAACAGUGUCGACUUCUGAGGACUGAGAAAAACAAGACACCAGAUCUGAGACCCCCACCAAUACCCUACAGGUACCUCACACCAAAGGGGCAAGAGAUUGAUUUGAGGCUGUUCAAUAAAGAUCUGAUGGACAACUGUUUACCCAUACUGAGCAAUAUUUUGGACCGUGAGGCCAAGGGCUGGACAGUGCAGUACAGACAGAGACUGGUCAGAGAGUUCAGAGGAAAGGGAUUAUCAAAUGAGGGACUAUCUGAUAGAGUCAAUGAGGCUGUGAUGCAGGAGUACCUGAAGCGAGUUUUUUCAGCUGUCAUCACAAAUGCAGAACUCGACAAUCUACAAGCAGGAAUAGGAGAGCUCCUGGUUGCUCAAGCCAAAGCGGUAUUAGCCAUGAGGAAAGCAGUACAAAAUCUCCAGCUCAAAAUGCAAAAACACAAACAGCAGCUUGUUAAUCAUCUCAAGAAAGAAUACUCUGUGAAGUCAAGGAUCAAGUCCUGGAUGAAUGAACAGCUUCAGUCUUUUGAGGAGGAGUUCCUCACCCAGAACCUGUGGUCCGCCCACGAGGAGGCCAUCAGCAUCUGUGAGGACCAGGGCCUCAACCAGGCCAUCUACUUCCUCCGGAGGGACCUCAACUUCAUCAAGGAGAGAGAGACUAUUCUGAGGCAGGAACUGAGCAAAGUCAAGGAAGCGACCCGAGUCUUCACCUUCUCAACCAAGAUCUGGUUCCCCCAGAACUGGGUGAUCAGACGACACUUCCGGGGGGAGACUGAAAUCAUCCAAACCGUCAUCACAGACUCAGCUCCCGAAAAUGUGGCCGGUGAAAAGGAGAUGACGUACACUGUGGACAAGUACAUAGAGAGGAAGACCUCCACACGGCAUCCGUUCUGGCGCUGGUGGAACUACCUACAUCGAGCCUGGUCAUGGACCUGGAACUCCAUGUUCUUCUUUGGGGUGGUCAUUGUGUGGUGCAGCCCUGUUGGUCUCCGAGCUCUCUUCUCUCCCUCCCCCUUCAUGCCGGACCUGAAGCUCAGCCAAGUCAAUGGGGUGCUGUACCCGAAGCCGUCGUCCCAGACUCACACCCUGCUGUCCCGACUGCGAGGACUCUGGACUCACGUCCAUGACUCAAGGAAGAAGUUUGAAGAAACACCUGACACUGGUUUCCUGGGGAAGAGUUUCACAAGACAUGUCAACAGAUUCUGGAACUAUGUUGUGAAGGGUGCAUUUGGGAGCCUUCUUUUGUCUGUUGUGUUCCCGGUUUUCUGUGUUGUGAUCUCCGCUGGGUCACUAGUCCUGUCUAUAACAUCACCACUCUGGGUUCCGCUGGUGACUCUUGUAGUAGAGGUGGGCUUCUUCCUCAUCUUCGACUGGGACUGUCCAGACGAUCACAGCAACAAGAUCUGCAUCCUGCUGGAGGGACUCAUCUGGAGGAUCCUUCUGCAGGGCUGUGUCCAGCCAAUCGCUGCUGCUCUGUUUGGCGCCAUCUGUUGUCCCCUGGCCUCACUAGCCAUCAUCCUGUUUGGUGUCUUGCGCCGUGGUGGGAGAGGAUUGUGGGAUACACUCAUGUUUCAUGCCGUCAUCAAGAGUAGAGGUCGAGUACCGGCAGGAGAUGGGUUCGUCGCUCGUCGAAUCGCGGGUCCUGGCCUUGCAUCUAACUACUUCUUCCAGAUUCUCCCGGAGCAAGCCCUGGCUGCGGUAGAGGCCCGUCUGGAGCUGGACGAGUUGGAGGCGUGGAAGAUGUCCGUCCUGAGGGUCAUCGAACAGCCACGGGAGGACUACAGGAAGUUCAUAGAGCAGUGUUUCAAGCCCUUCUCGUCCGGGCUGGUGGAGGAUGGGGUGUACAAGAGGCUGUGUGAUGAGACGGCCCAGUACAAGACAGAUCUCAUGAAGAAGGCAGAAGAGAGGGAGAGGAAGCUGUACACAGGGCUGUACCCAGACCUGCAGAGGAGGAUCAAGUUGCCAGAGAAGGAUCUCAAGCUGACCAUCCUGCUGACGUCCAAGCUGCUGGAGCGGUUCUACCCGGAACACAUCCUGGCUCGGAUGGCCCUCCAGUCAGAGGACGAGUUCUGGGAGAGUCUUCACCUGGAACCCAAAGACUGGAAAGGUUUUGCCUGCAAGAAGUUGGCCAUGGUAUUUUCGAAGCCAUUUUUGCUGCCUUUGGAAGAGACUGACAACUAUUUUGAACUGAAGGUGGAUCACAUCAACUUGUCCCGCUACGUGAACAUGUUGGCCACAGCCGAGUUCAGUGACGACCUCGACCUCAUCACAGAGGUCCAUACACCAACCAGUGACAUCACUGUGAAGGCGCCGACCCUAGAUUCUGGCUACUUUAACCCCAGUCAGAAGCUGAUUCACACAACACGCUUCGGUACACCAAGAGACAAGAGCUGUCCAUGGAAGGCUGUGUAUGAACACAAGGUGUUUGACAAGCUGGAGAUUCCGCUCCCCAUCCCUCACCCAGCUAACAUAGCCAUAGCCAUCUACAACAGGGAGAAUGACCAAGCCUACAUUGACAUGGACAAUGUGUUCUGCCAGAGGAUCGUGCGAGCAACAAAAGAGGAUUGACGUCAUCGACAGUCACAGCCUUGACAGCCGCUGCGCCCAGCUGGUCAGCACAAAUGUAUAUACACAAUGUUUAUUAAUAUACUAAUUGGUGCUUAAUUUGAAUAUGCAAAUGGAUAUAUUUGCUUUGCUUCCAUGCUUUGCUAAUCAGACCUGCACAUUACUUGUGUUCAAUGCACAAGCACAUUAUUAAAACCCUGCUUUUGACAGUUACAAUACUUGAUAGAACUAGUUUUGUGGAAAUUGACAAAUUUAAUAUUUAAUAUCUGACAACAUUUUCCUUCUAUUGGAUCUGAACUGUUUUGUAUGUUUACAAAAUUGAAAUCCUUUAUAAAAGUAUUUUUGUAGGUUUGUUAACUUGAUUAAUCAUUUCAUUAAUUUAACUCUGAAACUUUAACAGGAUUAUUUAUUCAAAGAUUACAUUAUUUUCAUGGUAUAAAUUGUUAUGAAAAUAUUCACAUUCAACACAGAUGAUAUGUAUGGCGCACCAAAUUUAGCUGUGACAUCAGUUCAUGGACAGGCGGAAUGUUUGGCAAGUGUGACAGAUGUUGAGGACUUGCCAAGAGUUGCCUGCCAUGUUUAUUUUAUGCACUAACUCUGCAAUAACGACAUACGGAGGUGUAGAGGAGAGUGAUAGGGACUUUGCUUUGUCUUUAUGGUGUGCUAUGUGGCUGGGACCUCGUGUGCUCGACAAAUGUCUGCCAUGACAGAUCAGUUUUAUAACUGUCAUAUUCAAUGACAGACUCGUUAUGUCUUGAAGUGUCAAUGAAUUAGUACACAUUUGCUUCUAAUUACUCAUGUCAUUGCUUAUUAACCAUGCGUUGAUGCUCUCACAAAUUGGAUUAACAUAAAUAUUUGGUUAUGUCUGAAGAUCAAAUAUGCAGGCAUAAAUAAACUUGUAUACCAUGUUUAGAUUGUCUCAUGAAAUGGAUCCAAGAAACUACUGCUAAACAACUUAUGAAAACAUUGUCAUGAACACAAUAUAUGACUGUAGAUGUCCCCUACACAACAGAAAAAUCCAUUUCCAUUGAACAGAAGAGUGGGAUGCGGUCAUUUUGGUACCAAAUGUAAUAAAGUUUGGUAAAUAUGUAUAUGUAUGUAUGCAAUAUUUUUUAAUUGGACCUUGAUUUGAAUUAGUACUUGGACCAUACAAAAAACUGGAGCUUCUGAUGUCCUGUGCUCAACUUUUUUGUUAUAUAUGUAGCUGGUAGUGGGGCUUGACAUAGUUUUUGUUUUUCACAAUAUUCACAGUAUUUGUUUUGUAAGUUUUGGGAUACGACCCCUGUGUCUGUUUAGCAGUAGUGCAGUUUUAAACAACAUAGUCAGUUCCAUUUUGCUCUGGCACGUUCUGGGGCAGUGGGGGUAGCCUAGUGGUUAAGAUUCAGGUUCGAUUCCCCACAUGUGUACAAUGUGUGAAGCCCAUUUCUGGUGUCCCCUGCCAUGAUAUUGCUGGAAUAUUGCUAAAAGCGGCGUAAAACCAUACUCACUCCUUCACUCUGGCACGUUCUUGAUGAGAUAUGUUGUAGAUCAGCUCCUCGUCCUUCAUCCUCAUGUUGACAUUCUAAACAUGGUUUACAUGUCUAGAAUUUGGAUAUGCUUCUCUUCCAUUUGUGAUUCUCUAGUCUUGUAGAAAUGUUUCAAGUUUUAUGUCUGAGUAUUAGUGCUUUGCCAUGUAUAUUCUCACAGGGAAAGACUAAAAUUCAAAACAAUAUUGACAGAGGAUGUUUAAGUGUGUGUAUCGUGAAGUUAUUGCCAAAAUAUUUUGUGAAAUUUCUUGAAAAGACAAUUUAGCCAAUAUAGAUGAAAUUGUGAUGAAUAUUAUUUGUUUGUUCAAUUUUGUUAAUGAAUUGUGUAGAAAAUAUUUCUGGUGUUGAUUUUCACAAGUCAAAACAUAUCACUGUCUUUUUGUAUUGUAUACAGAUAGGUGGAAAUAAGGGAAUGUUUAUGAGAGGUAAGGUUCAGUAUAUGUACUCCAAAGAAUAACCAUCUAGCAUUAUAUUAAGAAUGCUAUAUCAGACACAGACAGAGAUAGCACUAACCUAUCUACUGAAAUACAUUUUGGGUGGUGGGAUAGCCUUGUGGUUAAAGUGUUGGCACAUAACACUGAAGAUAAACAGUUAGGGAUCAUUAAUAUUUUGGGGGAUAUUUUUAUGAAAUUGUAGGCUAAGUCUUCACUACAAAAAAUAUCCCUCAAAAUAUUCAUGCUCCCUACCUUUUUUUGUAUGUUAGUAUAUUUCUAAAAGCGGCAUGAGACCAGCUUUGAACUAUUUCUAUGGUCCCUUAUUUUUGUCUAUCUGUAUAUUUCACAAGACAGGAAUUUUGCCAAAGCACCUGUUAAACCAGAUCCAGUCCAACUGUCAGAUUGUUGAAUGAUACAGAAUUGAGGUGUGCCAAGUCAGUUUAUUUGCACCCAACAUUCAAGUGUUAUUGUUUGAGAAUACACUUUUCUUCUUCUGUGACAAUGAGUUACACAAUACAGCAGCUAGCUUCACACUAUCAGCGCCUUGUACAACGUGGCUGUGACAUGGAGCAAAGAUGGCAAUCCAACAUGGACACAAUACCAGUAUUAAUCUGUUGUAUACUUCAGAAUGCUUGUGGUAGGUCACCAAGAACCUAAAUUACUGGCAGGUUUGGGGGGACAAAAUUUGUAAUGUAUACUUCUCAAAAUAAGUUAAAGAACACCUGAUUCUUUCAUAUUGCCCUAGUUAAUAUGUCAUGACAGAUUAGCAAUAGUAAUAUGAAAGAACUUCUUUUGAGUAGUUUGUUUCACUGUGUUCCUACUGAGUGAAUAAUAUUGAAAUGUAGACUUUGUACUGGUUGGCAUCUCUGCCACAGUGGCACCAUGGGCUUAGUCCUGCUGCUGUCCUCACAUGCACUCAACAGAUGCAUCAUCAACAUUGUUGGUCAGAGAGCAUGGGGAGAUAACUCUUUUUAAUGUAAAUCCAGGGGAGAUAACUCUUCUGUAUGUACAUUGAAGGGGAGAUAACUCUUUUUAAUGCAAAUACAGGGGAGAAAACUCUUCUGUAUGUACAUUGAAGGGGAGAUAACUCUGCCAUAUGUACAUUAAUGUUAUGUUCUUAAUGCAAGUGUACUCACAGAAGUGUGAAAUACAGGCUCAGUCAAGUUCAACAAUUCCAUGACAAUUAUUUUUUUUGAAAUAUCAGCACUUGUUGUGGUGACAAAACUUAAUGAAAAGGCUUCUAAUGUGAGUGUGUGUUCGUGUGGUUUUGUGGUCCUGAUGUCAUGACAGGUUUCAUCACCUUUGCCUUGAUUCUUACAAUGAAAAUAUGUUUUUACCACACCCAAGUUGGUUUGUUACACAAUAUGUAUGCAUAGAUGAUAAACUAAAGCCUUCUUAGUUAUUGCGUCAUUGCAUUGCUUCCAAGUUGUUGCCGCUUCUAUAAUUCACCUUUGUAAACUGCACUGAUCGUUACUACUGACCUUGUUAGCUUUUGGAGAAUGUCAAAGUGGUUAGGUGUCUAUACAAAAUCCUUUGUAAAUUGUUAAGAAGUAUUUGUAUACAUGUUACAAAUUACUUGAUUCAUUUAGGAAUUGACUUUUCACUGUGUGUGAGUUCAUUGGAGUAUGAACCUUCACAGAGUGAGAGCCAAACUGUAUGAACAUGCCUAUAAUUUUUUAUUUCACUAUACCUUGAGGGAUGUUUUAAACAUUUUCAUUUAGUAUGUGUGACUUCAUGUUUACACUGACAACCAUACAACUGUAACACGGAAUAAAAAAGUUAUUUAAAGGAGAGAAACGUGCGUGUGUAUGUUCAACUUGCUCUACAGGAACGUCUUUUGUUGCUUGGUUCCAACAAAUAGGUUCAGAUAGUACCAUCAUUGGAUAAAGGUGUCUUAUGAACAACCUCAGUUAAGUAAAGAUAAGAUAUAUGGAUGAACAACUGCUUCAUUACAAUUAGGAGCAACGUUAUGUCAGUUUUGCAGUCAUCCAAUGGAAAAUCUUGUAAGCUUCACAUUAAAAAGUUAUUUCCAUUUACAAACGGAUAUAAUCAAGAAUCUAUAAUUUUUCAAAAGGGACAAAUAAAAAACCCAUGACAAUAAUAUCAGAUAACAUUAUGGGAUGAGGUAAGACUUACAUUGCCAUGGGCCUUGUUCAACAAAGCAAUCUUAGCGCUAUGACUGUCUUAGUCUGUGUUAGUGAAUGGAAGAUUGAUAAGAUUGCUUUGUGGAACAGGGGUCCUGAAUCCCGACCCAGUUUUUGCUGUAUACUUUUAUCGCAGGCUUACGAACGUCAUAGCGCUAUGAACACUUUGUGGAUCGGGUGCAGGUCCAUUCGUACAAGAAAAGGUGGAUCAUGUUUGAACAUACACCAUCGGUCUUUGAAUAAUUGAUGUGCUAUAACAAAAACAAUCUCAUUAAAAUCAGAUCUUCUCGCUGCCGCUAAACAAAGAUCUGAGGACAUCCCAUUACGGGUCACGUCAGACCGACCUUUCACAAACUCUGACCGACCAAUGGAAUUACUG